AUGGCACCCCCCGGACUGCCUUUGAGCCGGAGCGCGCUGGCAGAGCUUCAAUACAACAACAUCUUGGCCUUCGAUACAGCCACUUCGUCCGACGAUGACAAUCCUCAUCAAGCUACGCCCGACGAGGACUAUGUGCGCAAGACAGUGGGCGUCAGUAUCGGAAAGGAGCAAACCAGAUUGUUAAGUCCGACAACGCCGGCGGCCGAAAAGGCGGCGGCAAUCGAUCAAGCUGGCAGCUACUUCGCAAACAGUUUUGCUGGCGCCACACCGGGAGUUCAGGAGGCACAAGAAGAGCCCAAUGAGGAAGAUGAGCCGUCAUCCAGCAGUCGUCAACUUCCGCCAUCCAAGGAUGUGUCCCCCAAACGCUCGCGCGCCGCUCAGCGCAUGCCAUCGCCGUGGCGACCAGAGCACAAGCAGUCUCAAAGAACUAGUCAGACCAGGUCGUUCCUGCGCGAUGGCUUCUCCUUUGGUAGAAGGAGAGCUUCUUCUGGUCCGGAACCGAAAGGUGACAGUCGGACCAAGUCGAUGUUCCCAAGCUUUCCAUCCAUACCCAGAAACUUCUCCUUGACCUCGCCAUUCUUCUCGAGCCGCGAUAGCGAAGAGCACAGUCUGAAGAAGAAUGCAAGUUUUACCAGGCUGCCUCGUUUUGACGGUCUUUGCGAACAACGCCCGCGGACUCAAUCGGGCGCUGCUCAGAUCACAGCAGGCUCUUCAUCAUCGGCGUUCAAUAAGACCGAGAACCCCAGAGAAGCGGAGGAAGCAGAGGCAGUUGGGGAGCUGCCUAAACUGCAGCCGACUAGGACCAGGCCUCCGCAUCUGCGAAGAUCGACUUCCGACAGUUCACUUGUUACACAGCGCACACUCUCCCACGUUUCUUCUCUUGGAGAUGACAGCCGAUUCGAGAAUGUAUCAGAACAAGUGAACAGCAGACUGAAAGCUAUCAAGGACAGCUUGCAGGACUCUAGUAUCAGACUGCCAAGUAUGCCUUCGAUAUCAAACUUCAGCGUCUCCAGCUUCACUCCGGACUUCCUAAAUCGUGAGCGAUCUUGGUCGACAUCGUCGAAGACAGGUCAAGUGCCACAACCAAUCUCAAAUCAUGCUCGCAAGCAUUCGUACAAGCCGGUGGAUCCUAUGACAAGGCAGCCCUACCAUUCUGCAAAGGCUGCGCUAUUAGACGCGCCUGCAGACCGUGCAACGGCCGAUCACCCAAACUUCUCAGAGGCCCUGGAAGACUUGGAGGGUGAUCUGGUGGUGCUUGGCGGCUAUCGUGGAUCUGUUCUCAGGUCGGCUGAGCCUCCCCAUCGCCAAUUGUGGGUACCUGUGAAAGUGGGACUCAACUUGCGUAAAGUUGACCUGGAAGUCCCGAUUACAGAAGAUGGCAACGAGCGAGCCAAAGAUACGGUCAUACCUGGUGGUAUGCUCACACACAUUGGACCCGUGGACAUCUCGAAACGUCUGUUUAAGCGCCUGCGUUCUAGUGAGAACGGCCGCUCUGGUAGAUUGAGACUUCACGACUACGGCUAUGAUUGGCGAUUGGAUCCAGCAUAUCUGAGCAAACAGCUCAUCGCGUUCCUCGAGACUCUGCCCGACAAUAGACCCGAGGCGGGUAAGCCCCGGAAGGGAGCUACAGUCAUUGCGCAUUCUCUGGGGGGACUGAUCACCAGACAUGCCGUCAAUCAGCGUCCCGACCUCUUCAGCGGUGUUGUGUACGCCGGCGUACCGAAAACAUGCGUCAACAUCCUUGGGCCCUUACGAAAUGGCGACGAAGUUCUAUUGAGCAGCAGGGUCUUGACAGCACAAGUUAACUUCACGAUAAGAACAAGUUUUGCUUUGUUGCCGCUCAACGGCAAGUGCUUUUUCGACAAGAACACCCGCGAGGAGUAUCCAGUGGACUUCUUUGACCCUCAGACGUGGAUCGACUACCGACUCUCGCCAUGCGUAGCCCGUCCUCUACCUUCCUUGGCAUCGGGACCAAAGCCAACAGGACUGUCAGGAUACGUUAGCUCCAUGUCAAAUGUACUACCAAGCCUUCCACGAACCGGGCGCAAAGGUAGUCUGCUACGUAGCCGUCAGUCAAGCGAUCCGACAGACACAGCGACGGCUGGUGGCAUCACAGAACCAGAUAUGGCCAAGGGUACCACGAAUAGCGACCAGGAUAAAGUCGUGAGCGGCAACUUUGCAAAACCAGGAAGUGAUGGCGACGACAUCAAUGCAGAUACACCCUCGCCCAGGACAGCAGUCACUAUCCCACGAGAAGAGGCAAUAGCAUACCUUACGCGGACACUGGCUGAAGUAAAGAGGUUCAAGCAAGAGCUUACUUUCAUCCCGGGGCACCACGUAUCAAACGCGUACCCGCCCAUCGCGGUGAUAUACGGGAAAAGCACCCCGACAGUCUUCGGCGCAAAAGUAGACGGCAGAGAAGGCAUCAAGCAUGCCGAUGCUUACGAUGAGUUGGCAUUCGCAAGCGGAGAUGGAGUUGUGUUGGCGAAAGCAGCGAUGGUACCAGAAGGUUACCGUACUGCUAAAGGGGGCAUUGUCAGCUCGGAGCGAGGGCAUGUAACACUACUUGGAGACUUGGAGGCCGUUGGAAAGUGUUUGAACGCUGUGCGUAAGGCGCGCAAGCGUGGUGUUGGACUUGAAAGUAGUACGUGA